UGUUAUUGUUACCAUAAACAGUAAACUGUUGUUUUGCUGUGGAUUUUUUGUGCUAUCUUAUAUUGUUGCUUAGUUUAUAUGUGGAGCUUAAGAGCCUAGUUUACGGUGUAUCAAAUUCCUAUCACAAGAAGUGUGUGCAUUGUCGCUGUGAUGCAAGUGCAGCUUUAAAUUUGAUUGUUUUUGUUGUUGUUGUGCUGACGACGCUAACGACGSUGACGACACCGUCGACGUUAGCGACAGGAUUCAGCAGCUGUAUACCGAGAUAAAUGGCAGAAACAGAUGAUGUUGAGGAGGUGGGAAGGACAAAUGGGGAUCCGAGCCUACCGGCUAACAUACAAAAGGUCGAGCAGCUGCGCGGCUGUGCGAGCUUUAUUAGGAAUGUGGUCAAGACCUAUGGACGACAGCUGGCCCCGGAGAAGUACCGCAAGCUCAACAUGCUCAUAGAGCUGCUGGAGAGCAAUAUACCACCUGAGGACUUCUAUCGGCGUUAUCCGCUGGCCAAAAUUGAGGGUGUUAUUGAUAAGCUAAAGGCCAACUUUAAAGCGCUGCUCAAUGAAGAAGUAAUUGUCAUCGUUGAUCAUUCCGAUGCUCCGGGUGACCAGCAACCGAGAACAUCGAAAUUAGCGGGAGAAACUGAAGCCAAGUCUAAAACAGCAAAGCCUGCAGCCAAGUCGAAUAGUCGCCCAACGCCCAAGCUCAAGACUGUGCCCGAACCAAGUCCAGUUGUGGCAGCCAAGAGCUCAAUAGAUUUAGAGCGUCGCUGUAAUCCAUCCCGACCAAGUACGCCGGAGCAAAGGAGCCCACCGCCGCCACCUGUAGUCGUGCCCGCGCCAGUGCCUCCGCCAACGCUGGCAGCAUCCACAUUGACGAACUCGCCCAAGGCGGACUUCGAACGCCGCCCACAGCCAGCAAGAGCAACGGUAGAUCUAACCUCACCCAUUGGCAGUAGGCGGCCGGAUUUUGUGCGUCGAAGUAAUCCGCCAGCACCAGCGCCAGCUUCAGCAACAUCUCCCAUUUCACACAUUAGUCCACAGUUGCUAAGCCCGCCUAGAGCGGUAUUUGAGCGACGUUACAAUCCGUCGCCGCCAACUAUCCUGGAACCGAGCCAUGAGGAUAAGUCCCUGGAAGAGGCACGCAAAAAGCUGGCUGCUCUACGGGGUGAGCGUGACAUCAAUGUCAAUCUGAUGGCGAAUGCGAAUGCGAAUGCGAAUGUGAAUGUGAAUGCGAAUUUAAAUGCUCCGCAUUUGGCCUCGAAUUCCAAUGAUCCACGUGGACGCAAAACCAGCUAUGUGAUUAAUCUGGGCAGCCGACGUACUGUUUCCAAAUCGCCCACGCCGCCCGGCCCUGUCAAUUGGCCGCAGACUGAUCUCAACUAUUCGGCGCUCAAUAUGCCACGCGUUGGCGUGGCUCAACCCAACAUAUCGAAUAUAUCGAAUACAACACCAUUGCUACGCACACGAGCACCGCUAAAUCUAAAUACUUCGGCUGCAGCUGCAGCUGCGGCGGCUGCGGCUGCGGCAGCGGCAGCGGCCGCUGCAACCUGCACAAAUGUUCCGCCUGUCCAGAUGCCAAACAUCGAUGAACUGCAGCCAGCUGUGUCGGAUUACAAUGAGCCGCGGCGUUACCACGAAUCCCGCGAUCCGCGUUGCAACAAGUGGGUCAACAGCAGUAGCAGCAACAUGCCUGGCCAACCGAUGGGAUCUCAGCAGCCAAUGGGAGCAGCUAUGGCACCUAAUCAACAGUAUUCAGGUGCAAGGUGUCAUUCCAUGCCGCCACAGGCUACGGGAUAUGAGGAAACUUCGUCGUCAGGCAACUGGCCGGCGCCUAACAUUUAUAACAGCAACAAUAAUAAUAAUAAUAAUAAUAAUAAAAAUAAUAAUAAUAUCAACAGCAGCAACAACAAUAACUUUAGCUAUAACAACAAUAUGAACAAUUGGUCGAAAAAGCAAGUUCAUAAGAAAACCAAUGUCAAUUUGAUAUAUCCCGCCGCCUACAAUCGGGGACAACAUUUUCCGUCAACCUCAACUCAGGCGAGAAAAAACGAACCGCGCACCUAUCGGGAGCAUCGAGAGGCUAAGGCCAAGGCUGCCCGAUUACAGGCGGAGAAGCUCCGUCGUCUGGAAGCGGCUGAGAAGCCAUUGGAGCCGGACACUCCGCCAACGACAAUCGAAAGCGAUCGCGUCCAACUGGACACAUCGUAUCGUAAUUUGGGCAGCACUCCCAAAAAGAAGAUCGAUUUUAAGAUACCCAAGAAAGUGAGUACGAACAAGUCUAGUGAAACGACAGGAGAGAAAAGAGAUGAGAAGGCUGAUAGAACAGAUAAGUAUGAUGGUUCCCAAGAGAUCAUUUGUGAUUCUGAGGAGAACUGGAAUGAUGAGGUGGAUGCCGUUCAGGUAUCAAGUGAUAGUGGGUCAUUGGGUUCGAAGCAAAAGUCAAAGAAGUCUGAUAAGGCGGAUAAGUCGGAGAAGCAGAAAACAUCCGAUAGGACUAUCCAGGAAAAGACAAAUAAAAGUGAUAAAAGUGAUAAAAGUGAAAAUUCUGAGACAGCAGCUAAUUCAAAUAAAAGUAAGAAAACCGAUAGCACGGAUAGAUCAGAGAAGUCUAAAAAAAGUGAGAGACCUGAUAAAAGGGAUACGGAUAAGAAAACGUCGAACAAAUCGCAUAAAGAGGAUAAAAAAUCUCACAAAAGUCAUCAUACUAAACGCGACAAAUCAAAACAUCGUGAUGAAAAAGACUUAAAGGAUAAGGAUAAGCGCUCGAGCAAGUAUUGCAGUACACAUACGGAUAAGUGGAAAGACAAAGAAGAAAACCAACCGAAGUCAACGGAUAAUACGGAUAAUGUGGAGAAUGAGCCGCCAGCUCAUGAGGCAACAGAUAAGGCGGCACGCAAAAGUGAAGAGCAAAACGGGGAAGAGAUUGAGGCCGUGGAUACGAAGGGUGACGUAAAAGAGAAAGAGGAAAAGGUGGUGAAUGAUGAAGGUGAUAUUAUUGAUGUGGAAGAGGUGUCAGAAGAAACGAAACCAAGAAUCGAAGAACUCCAGCAGGCAACCGAGGACGAGUUGCAUAAAUCACUGCCCAAGCUGCCCAAGAUAAAGGUGGUGCUGGGCCCUAAUGCGCAUACCAUAACGGUAAUACCUGGCUGCGAUGGCGAUGAUGAUACGAUUGAAAUGACAUCAAAGCCCGAUACCGGACCAGAAGUAGGUCGCAUCGCGAAACGCCGGAAAUCCGUGCUACCGUUAGUGAAUACGUCGACAACACCUGACUGCGAUGGUGACGUCGAUACAAAGGAAAUGAAGCCCGAUGCUGAAUCAAAGGUAGAUCAUAAAGAAUCCAUGAUACCGGUAGUGGAUAAAACGGUAAUACAUGGCCAUGAUGUUAACGACGAUGAGAUGAAAUCGACGCCCAAUGCUGAACCUGAAGUAAAGCGUAUUUUGGAACGCAGGAAAUCCAUGAUGCCGCUAGCUAGCAGGCCGUUGGUCGAUAAGGCGACUCUGUUCACAGAAAGUUUCGUCUACGAGGAUGUAAUAGAACAUCAGCGACAACAACAGGGGUCUACGCAUCAAACGGAUGCUCGUGCAAAACAUCUGGCCAACAUGUUUGAAAAGCCAUCUGAUAAUUGCAGUAUAUCCACGCAAAAUAUAGUGGAGGGUAAACGACGAUCGGGCUUUAAUGAUCUAACUUUGAAUGAGACGCAGCUCAGUAGAAAUGUCUUUAAAAUGGCACCCGCUCAGAAUACAAAGCCGAAGGCAAAGCCCAAAGAUAAGGCAAAGGAGCAGGCUGUGGUGGUCACGAACAAAGAUACCACCAACACCACCGCGACCUCUGAUGCGAGCAACACCAGUACGACCUCCAAUACUAGCACUACCAGUACCAUUAACUCCACUGGCAAGCGUAAGCGUGGCCGACCGCCAAAGAAAGCGACUGAAGAGCAUUCAGAGCCGAAAUCAAAGCAAGAGGAAGAGCAGGAGAUGCCUGCUGCGAAGCGCGUCUGCACGGAUACACUGCCGCCUCCGGCACGGACUCGACGCAAAGCCAAGCGCAGCGAGCUAGAGAAACUGAACGACGACAUUGCGCACAUGUAUUAUGCUGAUGAUGUGAUCCAUGCGACAGGCAGACGUACCUGUACGACACAACAGAAGCAAUCGAUAGCGGAGAGUACCUCCUCCAAUGUGUCCAGCCGACGCAGCAGUUGCAGCCAGAACAGCUCCAGCUUUGCCAGUCAAGUCGAACUAGCUCCCUAUAUACGGAAUGUGGCGCGGCGUGGGCGUCGCUUUGCGGGCCCCAGCUCUGGCCCGGAUCGGACCAGUUUUAAGGCCAAACAGAAAGUGCAGAAUUCGGCCAAGCAGCUGCCGAAGAACUGUAAGGUACGUUUGCCACGCUGCGUCAAGCUAGAGCAUUUGAUAAUGCAACAGGACGUAGUCAGUCCGAGUGCCAUCAAGAAUAUCAAUUCUGAGUGGCAUUCGUUGUCCGCCGCGGUGAACACCUGUGUCGUUUGUGGCAAGACAUUUCGCUUUUCCAUGUCCCAUUAUGUGCAGGAACAUGGCGAGCUUUUUACGUCUCGGUUUCCGCCCGGAGAACUGCAGAAGCUUCGCGAUGGGCUACACACAAAACCGUCGUAUGGAGUUCAAGUUGGCUACGUCCAAUUUGAACACAAAUGUCUCUUCUGCAACAAACAGAUGCAGAUCACAAGCAACAGCUGGGUGGAGCAUUACGCUCGGCAUACGGGUGAACAUCACUAUACGUGUUCGCGCUGCAAUAUGCCGAGUGAGCGGCCAAAUCAGAUAGCGCUUCAUGUGGCCAAAUGCGGAAAUGGUGCAAAAGCUAUUCGCGCCAAUGGCUAUAGCCGUUCUCAGCCGUUUAGGAUUCAUGUGUGCCACCUGUGCGAGUUUGUGCAGAUGAAUCGAGAGAAUCUGGAGAAACACUGGCAGGAGCAGCAUGGCCUCACGGAUCAAUCGUUGGAGGGAUUGGGCGAAAAGCUCACACUGUACGACACGACGGAUGUGCCAAUUCGCAAGACUAAAGUGCCAGCAGGUCUCAGAGGUAAAAAGUCCAAAGAGCCGGGCGACAAGAAAAUUAACAAAAAGAUCGUUAAGAAUCAGAAAAUGUCAAAGAACAAGCAAUUGAAGCAGAAGCAAAAGCAGAAACAGAUGCACAAGAAGCUGAAAAAACUAGUCGCACUGAAAGUGGAGCCGGAGCCAGAGCCAGAGCCGGAGCCGCAGCCGGAGUCGGAGCCGACGACUUCUGUAUGUGACAAUGUCUUAAACAUGCCGCCACCUGAGCUGCCCGAGGAGGAUGACCUGGUGGUGAUCAAUGCCUGCAAGUUUGAGGAAGAGGAAGACCAGCAACCACAGGCGGUGCAAGAGCAAGCACAACCAGAAGAGCAGCGAUCAGCCGAAUCUCUGGAGCAACUCGAGCCACAGGAAGAACAAUUGGAUAAUUUAUCGGUUUCCGGCAUAGGCAGCGAGAACUCUGACAAUGAAAAGGAGCCCAUCGAACCGGGGGAGCAGCAGCAGGAACAUCAAGAGCAGCCGGCCAAGCCAGUCGACGAAUGGGUCGAUGUCGAAUCCUGCAGCAGUGUCGGCAGCAGCAGUGCACCGUCCAAGUCCUUGUUCAGAAAAUUCCAUAAAUUCUACAAGAAACUGAGUCCCGCUAGCAAAUCGAGCAGUAAAUCCAACAAAUCUGCGACUAGCAGCUGCACCGAUGGGGAUUGCGCUGAUAUGGACUCUCUAGGAAAGUAUGCAACAGGAACUACUCCACCGCCACCACCGCCAGUAGCACAACCCCUACUGUCACCAUCGCCAGUAGUACAACAAGCAGAAUCACCACCACCGGUACCACCACCACCAGUAUCAUCACCUCCAGUAGCACCACCAUUGUCGGAUGAGGCAAACGAGCAGUCAGCCUUGCCCACGGUUACGGCUGCACUUCCGCAGUUCAGUGUGGAGAAUGUGGCGUAUCGUUUGCGUGCGACACCGACACAGGAGCCCGCAUACUACUGUAUGCGUGAGGGCUGUAAGUUCCUAUUCUCCGACGAAGUGGAGGGUCUAGAGAAUCAUUUCGCACGCGAGCAUCCGCAGGUGCGUUGGAGCGGUUAUUGUGCCAGCUGUGCGGCUCAGGCGACGGAGGAGACAGUGCAAGGACUUUCCAUCAGUGUUGAACUACAGCAUCUGGUCAGCUGUCAUUUGGCGGUGGCUAAGGCAAAAACACCGCCACCUGCUGAUCCCGUGGUGCCUAAGCUGCGAAUUCGUCGCUUUACGGGCGAUCGACUAGUGACUGACUCGGAAACCGUGCCGACGGUGGAACUGCAGGUAGCGCAGGGGCUGCUAAUUCAGCCAGAUCCCGAGCCAGAGCCGGUCGAGUCGGGAGACAUCAAUGCUGCUCCGAAUGCCCUGAUGCUCGAUUUGUUGGACAAUGAGCGAGCGGAGGCAAGUACAGUCACCACUCCAAUUGCAGCUGUGGUCAAUCAUGAUUCUGAGCUGGGCCUGGCCAUCAAUCAAGUAUUUAGCCUGGCCCACAAUGCACCGGCUGAGAUCGUCGGCGAUGCACCCCUGGCCAAAGCCAACUUUGUGCUCACCCAACAAGCAGCGGGCGAGUCACCCACCCAGAUAAGAAUAUCAAUUGAGCCUGUAACGGAGCAGCGUGCCACAGGCCUUGCUGUGGAUCGGUUUCGUUGCAUGGCCGCCAAUUGCAAUUUCUGUGCGCAUACGGUGCUGCGCAUACGGGAGCACAUGAAGUUCCAUAGCUAUAGCUUUGGCAGCAUGGACUAUUUGCAGUGCGCCUACUGUUCGCACAUCGCCAAUGACGUCGAUGACUAUGUACUGCACGGCGUCGUCGAGCACGGCCUCGCCUCGCGCGCAGAGCUGCAGGAGACGGAUGCGGUAAAUGCUGCUGCGGCCGCAACGUCAACAAAUCAACGCAUUCGCGAGUUGCUCAAUCUACGCAAGAAUCAAAUUCCUUCGCCACAGCCAGCCAUGCCGACGGCUGCAGCUGCAGCUACGACGGCGACUUCCGCUGCAACUGUUGGGGCUCACGCGCCUAUGACUUACAAUGGUGCUCAUGUACAUAACCUGCCCAUUAGUACAGUGCUAGACGAUCUACUCAAGACAACUGGCUUCGAUGAUGGCAAGCUGUACGCAUGUCCUUUAAAAUCAUGCAACGUUUCCUUGACCGAGGGGACAUUUGUCAGUCAUGUGAUCUUUCAUAUGACAAGCAGUAAGAUGAUGGGCCAGCUCACUUGCAAACAUUGUGCUCAGAGCUUCGAGCGUCCGGUCGCCCUGCGUUCCCAUUUGCAGCAGGCGCACGCUCGCCACAAAUACUUUUGCAGCAUUUGCCUGGAGACGACGCCGAAUCGUACAUUGAUGGACCAGCAUCAGUUGAGUCGGCACGGCAUAGAGUACCAUCUAAUCAACGGCCAGCCAGAGUUCCUUGAGCUGCCCGCACAGCCGGAGGAGCAGCAACAGGGCGCCAAUCAGGAGCUGUUCAGGUGUUGGGUCAGCGCUGUCAAGCUGCCCUUUGGCAAGAAGCAAAUGGAUGAGUUCAGGAGUCAGCUGAUGGACGAGUGGCUGCAGCGACGUCAGGGCAGAAAGACCAUCUAUCGACCAUCGGAACUGCGCCUGCUGCCCCGUAAAAUGACAUUCAGCCAGCGGUUGCAGUGCGCCGAAUGUGAAUUCAAGUCGAUCUCGUAUAAGGAGCUGUACGGUCAUCUGCUGGCGCACAAGGAGGCAGCGUUGCGUCUCGCCAUGCUAAGUGAACAGUCUGGACAGUUAGCAACGACAAGUGUCCCACCGGAGGGUCCCACCGGGGCCACCGCAUCGGUAACCCAAAGUUUCACCGAAUGCCGCGUCCGUAAUUUUCCGUACGUCCCCAAUCGGGAAUAUGUGCCCCAGUCGAAACGGUUCGUCUGCGGCAUGGAGGAUUGCAAUGUCCAUCUGCCGACGGAGCUGGAGUUGCGUCAGCAUUUUGCCACAACACACAGCUACAGCCAGAGCCUUCGAUGUGCCCACUGCAGCAACACCCUGAAUACGGUCGAAGCGUAUUUGGAUCACUUGCUGUAUCACAAGCGCCACAUCUAUCAAUGUGGACGCUGUGAGACGUUCCAUCCGAGGCGCAGCGGCAUCGAGCGCCACAUCCAUGCCCGCCACGGCAGCAAUCUGAUCAAUGUGCUCAUACACAAGCGCAGCGGCAACUCCGAACCCGACGAGAUCCGCUGGCUGCAGUCGUCCUUGUCCUUGCGCUGCAAUUACGAUGAUUGGAUCUGCAAUCUCUGCUCCAGUGUGAUGGAUGACCAUUUGGCGAUAAAGGCCCAUAUGAAGGAGCAGCACGGACGCACGCAGCCGUAUAACUGCGGCUACUGCAGCCUGGCCGACAGUGGGAUGACGCCCUUAAUCAAUCACAUACGGCACGAGCAUCCCAACUGUCGGGUGCAGCCGAUUGUGAACUAUCAGCACUCGAGGGUGAAGAACAGGCAAACGCUGGGCUUCUACUGCACCAAAUGCGAGACUGCUGCGAAAACCUUACAGUGCAUUCGCAAGCACUGUUCCCAAAGCCAUGGAUCGGGCCACCAGUUCACGUGCCCGCACUGCGAAUUCGGCGAAUCCACCGAGUGGUCGGUUGUCCUGCACAUGCAACAAUCGCACGAGGGUGCCGCAGGGCUGGCCGUGCAGAUGUUCGAGCGGGUGCCCAAUGAGCUGCUCGAUAGCGAUUACUGGCAGAUGGCCCAGCCACUAGACACAACGAAGUGCAGUCAGACUAACAGCAGCAGCAGCAGCAGCAGCAGCCAGAGCAAUAAAUUACCCACAAUCAGCAGCAACAUUAACAUUAAGAACAAUAAUAAUAACAACGACAGCAACAUCAUUUCAAAUGAACCCGUUAUUGUCGACGCGAUUGAACUGCUGUCGUCCGACGAGGAGGCCGAUGGGCAGACAACAUUCGAAUUCGCCUGCUCGCACUGCACCGAAACGUCGUACAGCGUGGACGAGCUGCGCACCAAGCACUGGGCCACCGAGCACAUCGAGCAUCCGUUCUAUUUCAGCAUCCAGCCGCAACUGCGCUGUGGCAUAUGCCGGCAGUUUGUGGGCAAUCCCAAAGCCCUGCUGGACAAUCACUUGCCCAAUGUGCACUCGUUGCGCCAGCUGGUCGCCUGCGAUGUGGCGAAGCCGAACGAGUGCGCCUUCUGUCCGCAUCAGUUCACCCACUCGGGGUCCCUCAUACAGCAUAUGCUGAACGAGGCGCAUCUGUCCAAUGACCUGAAGUCGCUCAACAACAUUCAGCUGAGCCGUCUACUGAAGAUGGGCACCAAAACAGAGGCUUAUCCCGUCCGGUACUACCAGUGCAACAUUUGCCGGGUGAUAAUGCCGUCGGAUAUGGCGAUGGCACAGCACGGCCGGGUCGAGCAUAGUGAUGCGCCGGAAUUGUUCUGCUUCCGCCAGCUCAACGAGGCGGUCAUCUACCACUGUUCGUUCUGCAUGUUCGCCUCGACGUGCCAAAAGGAGACGCUGCGCCACAUGAUCGACCACUACAAGAAAUUCAGGCAGUGCCACUUCUGCAAGGCCGCGCUGAACGAUGGCUUCGAUGAGUACAUGCACCAUUGCCAUACCUUCCACCGGGAGGCUGUAAAUCGCUUCCAAGAGAUUCACCCCUACGAGCAGCUCAAGAAGUUCCUCAUGCAGGUGCUCUAUCAGUUUCAGAACGGCCUGAUCAUUAGCAAGAGCAGCUUGCGGCACACGCUCUAUCGCGGCGAAGAGCUCAUUUUCAAAUUGUACUCCGAACUGUUGUACAAGUUCCAACAGCCACCCACACCGCGAAUAUUCAUAAAUCAUCUGCACAAUCGUAAUCCUGUGAUAUCCACGCAGCCGCAGCAGCAGCAGCAGGAGGGGAUGGUGAAAAUAAUGAGGCGACGCAAGACUCUGAAUCCGGAUGAUUUAAGCACCCGAUUGAAUAUCACUGCCAACUUGCAACAACAGCCGCAGCAACUACAACAACACCAGCCAGAACAACAACAAAACCAGACAGAACAACAACAAGAGCAGCCACAGCGAAAGCAGCAGCCGCAGCAGCAGUCGCAGCGCGGCUCUUUCAUCAAUUGGCAUACAUCGUUUAUGGGCACCAGCAAAGCCACGCCCACUCCGAGUGUGCCCGCGGCACAGCCGCAGCCGCAGUCGCAGCCGCAGCUGCCUUCGCUGCAGCGCAUAGCAAAGCGUCGCAGCACCUUUGUGGACAUCGGACAGCUGAGCAUUAAGCGCAUCUGCCCCGCCGAUCAGAUGCCCUGAUCGCAGUCAAAUCGAAACUAUAUACGAGACUGCCUCCAGUAUUCGGCCCAAGCGCAACAUGAUAAUCCUAUUUUGUAAACCUAACUCGUAACUAGCUUGUAGUAAAUGUUGAAUUCCAAUGACAGCUAAGUGGG